UAGUCUUGUCUUUCUUUCCCAUUUCUUAAUGACCUUUUGCUUUCUUCGUGGAUGAUGUCCUUGAUGUCAUUCCACAAUUCAUCUGGUCUUCAGUCAUUAGUGUUUAAUAUAAUAUAUGCUUGUCAUAUAUUAUACAUAUUGUUGGAUUCAAUUUGCUAAUAUUUUAUUGGGGAUUUUCGUGUCUACUUCAUGAAGGAUAUUGCUCUGUAGUUUUCUUUCUUUGUAUUGUCUUUGUCUGGUUUUAGUAUCAGUGCAAUGCUGGCCUUAGAAAUUAAGUUGGGAAUUGCUUCCUCUUCUAUUUUCUGGAAGAGAUUGUGUAGAAUUUGUAUUACUUCUUCUUUAAAUGUUUGGUAGAAUUUACCAAUGAAACUAUCUGGCCCUGGUGUUUUCUUUUUUAUAAGGUUUUCCACUAUGAAUUCAAUGUAUUUAAUAGAGAUAUAUGUCUAUUGAGGUUUUCUAGUUUUUCCUGGGUGGGAUUUGGUAGCUUGUGGUCAAUUCUGUCUAAGUUUGUGCCUAGAGUUGUUUGUAGUAUUCCCUUACUGUCCCUUUAAUAUCUGUGGUUUCUUAUCCGAUAUUCAUAUAUCUGUUUCAUUUCUGAUAUUCACAAUUUGUAUCUUUUUCUUUUUUCAUUGUCACUCUGGCUAGAGAUUUAUCAACUUUAUUAAUUUCUACAAAAAAUCAGCUUUUAGUUUUAUUGAUUUUCUCUAUUUUCUUUCUGCUUUCAAUUUUAUUGACUUGUGUUCUUAUGUUUAUUAUUUCGUCCCUGGUGGUGCAGUGGUUUACAGCUUGGCUGCUAACCAAAAGGUUGGCAGUUUGAAUACACCAGCUGCUCCUUGGAAGCCCUAUGGGGCAGUUCUACUCUGUCCCAUAGGGUCACUAUGAGUCAGAAUUGACUUGAUGGUAACAAGUUAUUUUUUUUAAAACUAGUUUCUUAAAAUGGAAAUUUAGAUUAUUCAUUUGAGACCUUUAUUUCUUUCUAAUACGAGCAUUAAAGCUAUAGAUUUUCCUCUAAUCAUUUCUUCAUUUGCAUACCCCAAAUUUUGAUAUGUUGCACUUUUAUUUUUAUUUAGUUAAAAAUAUUUUCUAAUUUCCCUUGAGACUUCUUCUUUGACUCAUAGAUCAUUUUAGAAGUAUGUUGUUUAAUUUCUAACUAUUUGGAGAUUUUUCCAGUUAUCUUUCUGUUACUGAUUUCUAAUUUAAUUCUAUCAUUUUCAGAGAACAUUCUUCCUAUGAUUUCAAUCCUUUUAAAUUUGUUAAUGUUUAUUUCAUGAUCCAGAACAUAGGCUACCUUUGUGAAUGUUCUGUGUGCAUUUAAAAAGAAUGUGUAUUUUGCUGAUCCUGGGUAGAGUGUUUUAUAGAUGUCAACUAGAUCCGGUUGGUUGAUGACGUUUAUUCCUUCUAUAUUCAUAGUUCCCACCUGGAGGCAAUUUUGCCUCCCAGUGGACUUUCAGCAAUGUCUAGAGAGAUUUUUGUUUCAACUGGCUACGGACAGUAGUGGGUAAAAUCUGCUGGCCUUCUCCUGCUAAACAUCCUAUUAUGCAUAGGGCAAGCCUCUCUCCUCCACCCCCUGCCAACAACAAACAAAAUAUCAAUACAGCAGAGAUUGAGAAACCUUAUUCUGUGUAUUUGCUGAUACUGGUGGCCUGAGUGAAAGAUCUUUCAUUACUACUUCUGUUGCUCUGUAAAUAUAGUAGCCAAGGCCUGGCUAGUUCCUCUAGGUUGAGAAGGUGCAGUGGGAUAUAAUAAGUCAUUCUUAACUCCUGCCUUACUCCCUCAUAUCCAGCUUAUGUUGCUGCUUGGAGCUUAGCAGCUCCACACUAAGGAAUUCAUGUGAUAACUCUAAAGAAAUACUAGAUUUAUGUGGGGGUCUCGGUAUGGCAGGUGUCCACGUGUGUUCCUAUGGGAAGACAUAUGUGAAAGUCUAGGACAAUGGGGAGAUUCAUAAAGUCAGGGAAUGGCACCCCUAGAGGGGCCUUGGGCAUUCUCCAGGCCAACUCUGCAACCCCCAUUUUACAUCCGGGAAGACUGAGGUCUGGAGAGGGCUUGCACUUUGCUGAAGAUCAUUUGCUGCUUUAUUUCUGCUCAUACCCUGUCUAAUUUCUCUCCACUAUCCUCUUUCUCUCCUUUUAAGCAUUCAAGAGCAAAGCUUUAUGAAUUGGGGGGAUUCAGGUACCUUUAUGUCAUCUCCUAACAAGAUAUUUUUCUGUUCUUAUCAGAGUUUAUCUUCUAGCAGUUUCAAGUGACUUCUUCAAACUGAUUACCAACCAACCAGACAACAUACCCUUACUAAAAAAACAUGGCCAAGGGAGGCAAAGGCCCCAAGGGCAAGAAGAUCACACUAAAUGUAGCCAAGAAUUGCAUCAAAAUCACAUUUGAUGGGAGAAAACGCCUUGACUUGAGCAAGAUGGGAAUCACCACCUUUCCCAAGUGUAUUCUGCGACUCAGCGAUGUGGAAGAGCUUGACCUUAGCAGAAAUAUGAUCAAGAAGAUCCCAGACUCGAUCUCCAAGUUCCAGAACCUGCGCUGGCUGGACCUGCACAGCAACUACAUCGACAGGCUUCCUGAGUCGAUCGGCCAAAUGAGCACCCUGCUCUACCUCAAUGUCUGCAACAACAAGCUGACCAGCAACGGGCUGCCUGUGGAGCUCAACCAGCUCAAGAACAUCCGCACUCUGAAUCUGGGCUUGAACCACCUGGACAGUGUGCCCACCACACUGGGUGCUCUGAAGGAGCUCCAUGAGGUGGGGCUCUUCGACAACCUGCUGAACAGCAUCCCCAAUAGCAUUGGCAAGCUACCCAAGCUGAAAAAGCUCAACACAAAGCGAAAUCCCUUUCCCAAGGAAGAAGAGUCUCAGCUCUUCCUAGAGUCCAUCAAAAGGCUAGAGAACUUAUAUCUGGUGGAAGAGAAGGAUCUGUGUGGGCCUUGUCUGAGAAAAUGCCAACAAGCCCGUGACAAGCUGAACAGAAUCAAGAGCGUGGCCAUGGCGCCAUCAAGAAAGCCUAUGUUUUCCAAUUUGGUUUCACCCAACUCCAUGGCUAAGGAGUCUCAGGAAGACUGGAGGUGA